UUUGUCAUUUGGGUUUAACCAAAAGAUUCUAAUUUUAAUUGAAAGUCUUUCUCUCCAUGCUAAGCAGUCCCCUGCAGCGCUCCUGAACUCUGGAUGGUCUCAUCUGGAUGGGAAGAAAGGACUGCCCGUAACUCAAGCUAAAAGCUCAUGGAGAUAAGGGCUGCUGUUAGAGGGAGGCUCUAACCCACCAGGCUGCAAAAAGGACCCACAGGCCAGUGAUCAGGGGCACAGCUCAGCGCGAAGGCAGGACAAUGGCGAGGGACAAUAUCUAUGAGAACAUGCCGAUGACGGAAGCUGCUCCCCAGCCCAAAGGAAACGCUCCCGAGACAUCGGUCCCUUGGCGGCACAGGGGGCGGAGCAUCGUCACUGCUGUCCUUCUCCUCCUGAGUCUGGCCCUGGCCACGUCCCUCCUUGCUGUGACGCUUCUGUAUCUCCGGGCACAGAGCAAGCUGCAAGUGGUUGAAGAAGCGGUGCAGAAGCUCCAGGUCUCUCUGCAGCCUGACAACGCCUCGGACGUGUCAGCAAAGGGAUCGGACAGUAAGUCGCAGGACGAGGGUCUUAGGCAUCAGGGUGUGCAGCUAUUGGCUGAAGCACAGGCAGGAGUCCAGAUGCUGAAAGACGUGCUGGGUAAUGUCAGUGCAGAUCCAGUGCAGAUCAAGAUCCGGCUGGACAUCAGUGCAGCGCGACCAGCAGUCAAAGAUUGCUGCAGUGAUGUGCUGACAAAGCUCUCCAGGGGCUGGAGGUUUUAUGGCGGGAACCUCUAUUACUUUUCGCAAGGAAGGAAGUCGUGGGAAGAGGCCGAGCGGUUUUGUGUGUCUCAGGACUCGCACCUGACCUCUGUCUCCUCCCAGGCAGAACAGGAGUUUCUCACCAAGGAGACCAAGGGACAAAAUUACUGGAUUGGACUCAUCGACCGGGAGACAGAAGGCAGCUGGCGCUGGGCGGAUGGCACAGAAUACAGAGCAGACGCAAGCAGGGGGUUCUGGGAGGAGAAUCAGCCAGACAACUGGCAUCAGGAGACAGAAGGCAGCGAAGACUGUGUUGAGACCCGCUCAAUGGAGCUGAAGUCGUGGAAUGAUUCCAACUGCACUCUGCCUUCUAGGUGGAUUUGUAAGCAGGCCCAUAGACAGGCUGGGCUGUGACAUGCAGGUCCCAGCAGCUCAGAAAGCCACCUUAAUUUCCAAGCUAGAAUAUUUCCCCGCCACCUGCCGAUGAGGAGCCCUGGGCACUGGAGGGGGCCACAUGGCAUGUGCAUUGCAGCGACGCUUUGUCUUGGUGUGAUAUUUCUGGCUUUAGCAUAGACAGCUGCCCUUAUGCCACUCAGUGCAGUUGGCUCUGUCAUUUGUAUGUUUCCAGGUCUGUCACUGAAUAAUUCCUUGGAUCAUGUUGUACAGAUAAAACUACACAGGAUCUUGUCAGGGAGCAAGACAAAGAUGCCACAUUUAUUAUGAUAACAAUUUGAUUUAUGACCAAUAACUAAUAUCUUAAUCCUUAUACACACACAUUAUACCUAAUACCUACACACACACACACACACAUAUCCAUCAGAUGUUCUGCAGCUGCUGCAUGUUUACCAGUCCUGACCAUAGCUUGAGUUCCUGGCUUGAUUUUGCAGCUUGGUUUCGUAGCUGAUGGCGGUAACUGGCCAGGAAAGCCAGGCAGAAGGACAAGCUGGGUCUCUGUUGGGCCUGCACCGAUGACCUUCCAUGUUGGCAGUAGAACGUUACCCUCCAAAGUCUCCCAUCUCACCCAUCCUUUUUGUAAGCUUUUCAGUUGUUGGGAUAGAUAUACAUAUUACAUUAUAUACUAAUGUUAGAUGUGUAGAAAGCGUGAAUAGAAAGGAGUAGUUAAAUGAUUUACAUGUCAUCCUGUUUUCUCUCCCCCUUCACAUUGCUAAAGAACAUGACUACAAGAUUUACAUAGGCACAAUCCAAAUUCCAAGGGAUGAAAGGGUUAGUGGUAAAACAACACUGUUUCCCAAAGUGUAAUAAACAGAUAGCUAAGGGUUAAUGUUCUUUUACCUGUAAAGGGUUAACAAAGGGAACCAAACACCUGACCAGAGGACCAAUCAGGAAACAAGACUUUUUCAAAUCUGGGUGGAGGGAAGUUUUGGGUGUGAGUUCUUUGUUCUUUGUCUUGGUUCGGUAACCCUCUCGGCUCUGAGAGUGAUCUUUCUAUCUCCAGGCUUUCUAAUCUUCUGUUUCCAAGUUGUAAGUAUAAGGAUAGUAAGACAAUAGGUUUAUAUUGUUUUUUUGUAUUUACAUGUGUGUAGUUGCUGGAAUGUGUUAAAUUGUAUUCUUUUUGGAUAAGGCUGUUUAUUCAUUUUUUCCUUUAAGCAAUUGACCCUGUAUAUUGUCACCUUGAUACAGAGACCAAUUUUAUGUCAUUUUUCUUUCUUUUUAUAUAAAGCUUUCUUUUUAGGACUUGUUUGAGUGUUUUUCACUGGUUAAGGCUAAGAAACGAAGGGAGGGGGAAAAUCUCUUUGUGUUAGAUUUACUAAGCCUGACUUUGCAUAGCCUCUGGGUGAGGGGGGAGAGAGAUUUGAUCUCUCGGUACUUGUGUUUCAAGGACUUGAAGCAGGAAAUCUCCUAGAGUACCCAGGGUGGGGAAAUCUGGGAGGAGGUAAAGAGGGUGGAAUCCCUUUGUUUAGAUUCACGGAGCUUGAAUCUGUAUAUCUCUCCAGGAACCCAGAGAGGGAAUACCUGGAGGGGAAGAGGGAGAAGGGAAGUGGGUUAUUUCCCUUUGUGGUGAGACUCAGGGCAUCUGAGUCUUGGGGGUUCCCCAAGGAAGGUUUUGGGCAGACCAGAGUGAGCCAGACACUGGAAUUCUGGCUGGUGGCAGCGAUAUCAGAUCCAAGCUGGUAAUUAAGUUUGGAGGUUUCAUGUUAGCUUCUCAUGUUCUGAACUCUAAGGUUCAGAUCUGAGUAGGAAAGUUAUGACACAAAGUCCUUAUCACCCUCUGGUACAGACUUUCUGUCUUGUUUCUCUAGGCCUCAGAUAAUUAGUGUUUCUGUCCUUGAGUUAGUUACAGAAAUUACUCUAACAAUUUACAGCAAGGCUAAGAAGGCAGGCACACAUCCAAUCAUUUAACUACUCCUUUCUAUUCACGCUUUCUACACAUCUAACAUUAGUAUAUAAUGUAAUACGUAUAUCUAUCCCAACAACUGAACAGCUCUGGCUCUUAACAAGCAUCUUCAUUGUCAAUUAGCCAGUUCUUGGGGUAACCAGUUUUAUGAAAGAAUGUUGUUUCAUUCAUAAAAAUUUACUUAUGAAGUUACAUUAAUAAAGUGAACAAUUAAAAAACAAAUUUCAUCAA